AUGGAGUCGACGGAGAACGGCUCAGACCGCGACAGCCACGGCACAAGACAGCAGGCCAAAACAUGCCUUGUCCCAACAGGAAUUGUCGAAUGCGAGAUCAUACAAUGGUUCGUCGAGCCCGAAGCCCGCGUCGAGGAGUUCUCGCCCCUGUGCGAGGUUCAAAGCGACAAGGCCUCGGUCGAGAUCACCUCGCGCUUCUCGGGCGUCGUCAAGAAACUCUACUAUGACGCGGGUGACAUGGCCAAGGUCGGCAAGCCCUUUGUGGACAUCGACAUCCUGGGCGACGUCAGCCAAGAGACAUUGGACAAGUUGACGCCUUCCGGCGGUGAGACAAAGGAGAAGACACCACCGGCGUCGCAGCAGAGCACAACGGAACCGGUGUCUCCACAAAAGCCGGCUCCCGGCCCGUCCAACAACGGGGCAGUGGAGACUGUUGCCCCUAAGCCUAAGGGGACGCACGCCGCCCUGGCGACGCCGGCGGUCCGUCAUCUUUCUAAAGAGCGAAACGUGGAUAUACUGGAUGUGGACGGGACGGGCAAGGACGGCCGGGUGCUCAAGGAGGACAUCUACAGGUUCAUCGAGGCGCGAGAUAAUGGCGCCGCGCAGCCUGCCCGGCCCGGGCCCGGUGCAGCGACGCCAGCCCCGUCUUCUUCAGCACCCGGCGUGCAGACAGAGGACCGCCAACCCCUGACCAAGACCCAGGAGCAGAUGUUCAAGACCAUGACCCGGUCGCUGAGCAUCCCGCACUUCCUCUACGCCGACGAGAUCGACUUUACCGACCUGUCGGCCCUGCGCGGCCGGCUGAACACGGUCCUCUCCUCCUCGCCCUCGUCCCCAGCGCCUGUAAUCCCCAGCAACCACGGCGUCACGAAGCUGUCCUACCUCCCCUUCAUCAUCAAGGCCGUGUCAAUAGCCCUGCAGCAGUACCCCAUCCUCAACGCGCGGGUCGACGCCCCCUCGUCCUCGUCCUCCUCGUCGGCUGGGGAGAAGCCGGCCCUGGUCUACAGGUCGCAGCACAACAUCGGCGUGGCGAUGGACACGCCGCAGGGCCUCCUCGUGCCAGUGAUCAAGGACGUCGCCGCGCACAGCAUCCUCACCAUUGCGGCCGAGCUGCUGCGGCUGCAGGCGCUCGCGACCGCGGGGAGGCUCUCGCCCCAGGACAUGUCCGGGGGCACCAUAACGGUCAGCAACAUCGGCAGCAUCGGCGGCACCUACUGCAGCCCCGUCAUCGUGGACGGGCAGGUCGCCAUCCUGGGCGUCGGGCGCAUGCGCGACGUGCCCGACGUGGCCCGCGACGAGGCCUUCGGCUCGUGGGCGGUCAGGGGCGUCAAGAAGGUGUGCAACUUCAGCUGGUCCGCGGACCACAGGGUCGUGGACGGGGCGACCAUGGCGAGGGCUGCCGGCGUAGUGAGGAGUUUGGUGGAGGAACCAGAUGUCAUGGUUAUGCAUCUGCGGUAG